GUAGUGUGUGUGACGCUGAGGCUCAGGGCUGAGCUCAGGAUCAGUAUAACAGCACAGGCGGAGAGAGAGAUCGCGCACAGCGGAGGAGAGACGAGCUCAAGGCGGACACGGUGAUGUGGAGCGGCGGAGCUGAGCAACAACACCCUAAAACCGACAAAUCUCACCGAUGCAAUGGCGUCGACAGCUCAAGAAGAAAGAACAGAUCGCAGCGGUGGCGAUAUGAAGUCAAGAAAACUGGAUGAAGGAUGAAGGAGUUUCGUUCAGUUUUUAUGACAUGUUCCUAAUCUUCGAGAUGUCUGAGAGAAAUGAGGACAAUGGAUUUUGAUCAGAUGAAGUUGGCUUGUAGAGGACCUUCACCAAAGUUCAAGAAAAAGAAGACUGCUCUAACCAAUUCUGGACAGUCAAGUGGAGACUACUGCUUAAUGAGGAAGAUGGCGGCUCAUAUUUUGCUUUUGGAUUUGAAAGAAAGACAUUUUGUAUUUUGCUAUGAUGUUUGAAAUCGUUCGCUAAUGUGCUUCAACAGUUGUAUGUAUUUCAUGUUUUACUGCACUGUAUUUGUUUCAAUGAAAUGCCUGUAUUUUAAAACUUUAAAUGCUUCUUUUUGUCUUUUGAAACGAAAAAUAAAAGUUCGUGUUUGAACAAUGAGUUGCCCUUAUUGGAUGGAAGAUAUAAAAAUGAAUUUCUGCAAAAUAUUCACUUUGCGGUUUACAUCCAAGCGUCCAACACGACUCUUCAAGAUCAAACUUUUUCCCUAAAAAACAAAAAAAAAAAAAAAAACAACAACAACUGGUUAACCUCAAAAUUACCUGCAACUGCACUAAUAACUGUCAUGGGUGAUGUUUUCGAAUUCUGAUCUCACCCCACUGGUUUUUAAAUAAUUGUCUUUGCUUUUUUUUUAUUUCAGAAUUACGAGGGUUUCGCUAAUUAUUUUUUAAUUUAAUCUAUUCAAGAACAGACCAACAAAUUUCAUGCUAAAUAAAAAUCAACCAUUUGCAAGAUCCAACUUUAAAGUGUUGCUGCAUUAAGCAUAAUUUUUUUUUUCAAAUUACAUGUAAAUGAGUUAAUUUAAUUGUCUAAAAUGGUGUCCAGUGUAGUCCAGAACCCACUGCAAAAUGGCAGUCUGUUGUAUCAUUUCCUGUCUAUGCAGGAAGUGAAGGCUAAAAUAAUAUUUUUUUUAUUAACAUAAAGAAAGGAACUGCCUAUUUAAACACCAAGUUAUUCAAUCACUACACUAGCAAAGCAGGACUUACUUAAGCCGAUAACUUGUCAAUGAAACAACUAGUUUUUAUUGAAAAUAAAAGGGGUGGGUCUUCGUGCAUCACCUGAGCUCUGGGUAAAUGGAGAGAACGUCAAUCAAAGGCUAAGCUCUCAGUGCUGGGAAGGAGCUUUAGAUGGCGGAUGAACCUUGGGAAGGGGAGAGCGUUGAGCCUCGCAGGGCUCUCGAUAGCACUUCUAUCUCAACUUUGUCGAACUUUCAGUGCCUCUCGGGGCCCCUUAAACGCGCGAAUUUGUUCGUUUUGUGUAGUUUAGGACUGUAAAGACGUUAAAGCGUACGUUUAGUGACUUCUUUUCGUCGAAAAACGCCGUGCUGUGUGCGUAGAGUGGCCAGUCGUUGUUUUCCCUGCCUUGCGCUGGCAGCCAUGGCGGUCCUCCAUUUUUAGUGCGCUCUGCUGGGCUCAUAUACUCUCUCUCUCACUCUCUCUCUUCAUUCAAAUAGCCAUUGCUGGAUUACCAAUAUUAUUUUUCGUUUCGAAUAUUAUUCCGAUUGUUGUUUUAAUCACAAUCCUGGAAUAUUUUUCUUUUUUUUUUGUUCUUUAUGGCCAAAGUAACAAAUCGGAUAUUUUGUCAGAUGUGAAUGUACUACUGCAGUCCUCCUCAUGUCAAUGCAAUAGUUAAUACCUGGACUAAAGAUCAUCUUUAAUAAAUACCAGAACAACAACAUGAUGAAGAAUAAGAGUAAAAAGCAAGAAGACGAAGGCUCGACUCAAAGCAAUGCUUCCAGCAACUCAGCAUCCGAGGAAUCCAACCGCUCUGGGUCGGAGUCUGGAAGUCAGUCGGAGAGCGAGCAGGGCAGUGAAAAAGCACAAUCCCGGCAUUCUGAAUCCAACAGCACGUCUGAUUCUGAGAGCCACUCUGAGUCAGGCAGCGAAUCCAAUGGGUCCAAAUCUCAUCAGAGCUCAGCGCAGGUCAAAGACAAACCUGUCAGGAAGAAAGACAACCUGGCGGAUGUGAAGAAGGUACACAAAAAGAUGUGGGAAGAACAUCCUGAUGUUUAUGGUGUGAGAAGAUCCAGUCGCAGUAGACAAGAGCCUGCACGCCUUAAUAUUGGAGCUGAGGGCAGCAGUGAUUCAGAGGGAGAAAGUUCCAAACGAAAAAGCUCUCGGCAGAAAAAGAAAGAAAAUACCUGGAAAGAUGAUGACUCAAAUGACGAAGAGGAUGUUGAGGAAGAGACCAGCAGUUCAGAGAGUGAGCAGGAAGAGAAAAAAGUUAGAUCCAGACGACUUCCUGCUAGAAGACCACAGACCAAAUCAUCUGCUAGUAAACAGUCACAAAAGGGACGAAAACAGAGAAAGCAGGAGUCCUCAGAUGAAGAUGAUGACGAUGAUGAUGAUGACGAGGAGGACACUCCAAAAAGACAAACACGGCGGCGGGCUGCUACUAAAGUCAGUUACAAAGAGGACCAGAAUGAUUUUGAGACGGACUCUGAUGACCUUAUUGAAAUGGCAGAAGGGGCAGAGGAGCAGCAAGAUGAUGACAGUGAGACCAUUGAGAAGGUUGUUGACACUAGGACUGGCAAGAAAGGAGCUACUGGAGCUUCCACAACUCUCUAUGCCAUUGAGGAAAACGGGGACCCUGGAGCAGACUUUGACCCGGAGAAAGAGGAAGGAGAAACUCAGUUCCUCAUCAAGUGGAAAGGCUGGUCCUACAUCCACAACACCUGGGAGAGUGUGGAUUCCCUCACUCAGCAGAAAGUCAAAGGCAUGAAGAAGCUGGAAAACUUCAAGAAGAAAAAUGAAGAGCUUAAUGCCUGGUUGAAAAAAGCAUCCCCUGAGGAUUUAGAAUAUUACAACUGUCAGCAAGAGCUCACAAACGACCUGAGCAAGCAGUUCCAGAUAAUAGAGAGGGUGAUUGCAACAAGAACAGGCAAAUCACAAGCAACUUCAGACACUCCUUCUCAUAAAAGCAGCUCUGGUGAGCCCGAGUACCUGUGUAAAUGGAUGGGUCUGCCGUACGCUGAGUGCACAUGGGAGGACAGCGCUUUAAUCAAAAAGAAAUUUCAGGCCUGCAUUGACAGUUUCCACAACAGAAACAGCUCCAAGACUGUCCCUUCCAAAGACUGUAAGGUGUUGAAGCAGAGGCCAAGAUUUGUGCCCUUAAAGAAGCAGCCAUCGUACAUUGGAGAUGAGAAUCUUGAACUCAGAGAUUACCAGCUAGAUGGAGUGAACUGGCUGGCACACUCCUGGUGCAGGUGUAACAGUGUUAUCUUGGCUGAUGAAAUGGGUUUAGGAAAGACCAUUCAGACGAUCUCCUUCCUCUCCUACCUUUUUCAUCAGCACCAACUUUACGGCCCCUUCAUCGUGGUGGUGCCCCUGUCGACCCUCACGUCCUGGCAGAGGGAGUUUGACACUUGGGCCCCGGACAUGAAUGUGGUGGUGUAUCUGGGAGAUGUCACAAGUAGAAAGACAAUCCGAGACUAUGAAUGGAUCAAUCCACAGACAAAAAGGAUCAAGUUUAAUGCACUUUUGACCACAUAUGAAAUUCUACUGAAGGACAAGGGAGUGCUGGGGAAUAUAAACUGGGCUUUCCUUGGAGUAGAUGAAGCUCACCGGCUUAAGAAUGACGACUCGCUGCUGUAUAAAACUCUGAUCGACUUUCGAUCCAAUCACAGGCUGCUUAUUACCGGGACUCCUCUGCAAAACUCCCUCAAAGAGCUGUGGUCCCUUCUGCACUUUCUGAUGUCUGACAAGUUUGAGUCCUGGGAGGAUUUUGAGGAUGAGCAUGGUAAAGGCAGGGAUAAUGGUUAUCAGAGUUUGCACAAAGUUCUAGAGCCUUUCCUGCUACGUCGUGUCAAGAAAGAUGUGGAGAAAUCCCUGCCGGCUAAAGUGGAGCAAAUCCUCAGAGUCGACAUGUCAGCCCAGCAAAAACAGUUCUACAAAUGGAUCCUAACAAGAAACUUCAAGGCCUUGUCUAAAGGCACUAGAGGCAGCUCUUCUGGCUUUCUGAACAUUGUCAUGGAGCUGAAGAAGUGUUGUAACCACGCUUUCCUCAUCAAACAACCAGAAGAUGGAGAAAAUGAUGCUCCACAAGAGCAUCUACAGAGUUUGGUGCGUGGUGGAGGGAAACUGGUUCUCCUAGACAAGCUUCUCACACGACUGAAGGACAGAGGCAACCGUGUGCUUAUCUUCUCUCAGAUGGUCCGCAUGUUGGACAUUCUUGCUGAUUACUUGUCUAUGAAACGAUAUCAAUUCCAGCGUUUGGACGGAUCCAUCAAGGGUGAGCUCCGAAAACAAGCAUUGGACCACUUUAAUGCAGAAGGCUCUGAGGACUUCUGUUUCCUGCUGUCCACCCGAGCCGGAGGGCUUGGGAUUAACUUGGCCUCUGCUGACACAGUGGUGAUCUUUGACUCUGACUGGAACCCACAGAAUGAUCUUCAAGCUCAGGCCAGAGCCCACAGGAUUGGCCAGAAAAAGCAAGUGAAUAUCUAUCGUCUGGUCACAAAAGGGACUGUGGAGGAGGACAUUAUUGAAAGAGCUAAAAAGAAGAUGGUUCUAGACCAUCUUGUCAUUCAGAGAAUGGACACCACUGGUCGAACCGUACUGGAUAACAGUUCAGCAAAUUCAAAUUCAAAUCCCUUCAAUAAGGAAGAACUGUCAGCGAUCUUGAAGUUUGGAGCAGAGGAUCUGUUUAAGGAAGCUGAGGGGGAGGAAUCAGAACCGCAGGAAAUGGACAUCGAUGAGAUAUUGCGGCUUGCUGAAACCAGAGAGAGCGAUCAGGGAUCCAGUGCUACCGAUGAGCUUCUGUCUCAGUUUAAGGUGGCUAACUUCACCAUGGAUGAAAGCACACCAGAUCUUGAUGAAAAACCUGGCCGGGACUGGGAUGAAAUAAUUCCAGAAGAGCAGCGGCGGAAGGUGGAGGAAGAGCAGAAGCAGAAGGAGAUGGAGGAUAUCUACAUGCUGCCAAGAAGCAGAAGCUCCAACAAGAAGGCACAAGCCAAUGACAGCGACAGUGAUGUGGGAUCCAAACUAAAGCACAGAUCCUCAGGUUCAGACAGUGAAACCGAUGACAGCGAGGAUGACAAGCGGCCUAAGAGGCGAGGAAGGCCAAGAGCCCGCAAAAACAACGUGGAGGGAUUUACUGAUGCUGAGAUCCGCAGGUUUAUAAAAGCAUACAAGAAAUUUGGAGCUCCACUUGAGAGAUUGGAGGCGAUUGCCCGUGACUCUGAGCUGGUGGAGAAGUCCAUUGCAGACCUGAAGCGACUAGGGGAGCUGGUGCACAACAGCUGCGUGACUGCAGUACAGGAGCACGAAGAGCACUUGAAGGAAAACCCUGUGGAAGCUAAAGGCCCAGGGAAAAGACGAGGCAUUAACAUAAAAAUCUCUGGAGUUCAGGUCAAUGCUAAAUCAAUUAUCCAGCAUGAAGAGGAGUUUGAGCCCCUGCAUAAAGCUGUGCCUUCAAAUCCUGCUGAAAGGAACAAAUUUCAGUUGACCUGCCGGGUGAAAACUCCUCACUUUGAUGUGGACUGGGAUAUUCACGAUGACACACAGUUGUUAUUGGGAAUAUAUGAGCACGGCUACGGCAACUGGGACUUGAUCAAGACUGAUCCUGACCUCAAACUUUCAGAGAAGAUUCUUCUUGAUGACCCUGAAAAGAAACCUCAAGGAAAGCAGUUACAGAUGCGAACAGACUACUUGCUGAAGAUGCUGAAGAAAGACCUGGAAAGCCAAGAUGCCAUUAAAGCAGGAGAUGAGCCCAAAAUUAAAAAGAGAAAACCUCGGAUGAAGAAGAAGGCCCCUAGCAAUGAACUGGUCAAUGAAAUCGCUUCUCCUCGUCUAUCCGACAACCCAUCAGAAGAGGGAGAGGUAAAGGAUGAUGGAGCUGAAAAAACACCCACAAAGAAGAAACAGAAAAAGGACAACAAAGAGAACAAAGAAAAAACAGGGACUCCUAAAAAAGAGAAGGAGGGGGACAAAGACAAAAAGCGUUCCAAGCCCAAAAAAGAAAAGGCCAAACCAGCAGGAAAAGGGAAGAAAGCCCAGGGCCCUGUGCACAUCACUCAAGGAAGUGAACCUAUACCAAUUGGAGAGGAAGAUGAUGAGCUGGACCAGGAAACAUUUAGCAUUUGUAAGGAGCGGAUGCGGCCAGUGAAGAAAGCUCUUAAGCAGUUGGAUAAGCCAGACGAGGGGCUGUCGGUGCAGGACCAGCUGCAGCACACACGUACCUGUCUGCUGAAGAUCGGAGACCGCAUUACAGAGUGCCUUAAGUCAUAUAGUGACCCCGAGCACAUCAAGAUCUGGCGCAGAAACCUCUGGAUAUUUGUGUCCAAAUUUACUGAGUUUGGUGCGCAGAAGCUGCAUAGGCUAUAUAAGAAGGCUCAGAAGAAGCGCUCCCAGGAGGGAGAGAAAGAGCAUAAGAAAAAAGACGAUCCUAUUAAGAAAAAGCCCUUUAGGCCUGAACCGUCUGGAUCUAGCAGGGAUUCAACGGGUGCCCAGCCUACAACCAAACCCCAUCCCCCUGUCAGCCAUCAAUCUGGACCUCCUCAUCCUCCACACCAUAGAGAACAGUACAACCAGCAUAAUAAGAGGCAUUUUCCUAAUGAUGACAGGGGAGAUUGGCAAAGGGACCGCAAAUAUGGCUACCCAGGUAACAGCAAUCAGCCCUGGCAAGGAGACCGUCAUCACCCUUAUGAGCCUCACAGGUACAAGGAUCAUCACUACAGUGACCGUCGUCCUCAUGGUGACUACCGCAGCUCUGGAGGAUACCGUAACAGUGGCUCCCCUCGCAAACGGCCCUAUGACCAGUAUGGCAACGAUAGAGAUCAUCGGGGUCAUCGAGACUAUUAUGACAGACAUCCGGACCCAAAGAGAAGGCGCUCGGAUGAAUAUCGCUCUCCAAACUACCACCAAGGAGGAGGAGGAGGAGGAGGAGGAGGAGGAGGAGGAGGGCAUCCGCAGGACUUUAGAAGAAUGCCUGACCACAGGGGACCUCCUGGAAACCAUGGCCCCAUGGGGCCGGAUCACUACCGGCCCUUUCACCCAGACAAACCCCCGCCUCUGAUUGACCCACGUUCUCCGCAGUCUCAGAAAUCGCCUCUUGAGCCGAUCUCACCUGGUAUGGACAGAAGUGCAGAGCAGAAAUCUGCGACAGACUUUAACUGGAACAACAGGAAGACGUGAGGUGAAUAUGUAGACAGUGCAGAGGCCGUCUGUACUGCCAGAGGAUGUGGCAAAAAGGCCAUACAGGCAAUAAAUAGAGGAGACGUAACCAGCCACCACCAAACUCCUCUCUAUCGCCACUGCGUCCUCUACUCUCUUCUAGGUUUCUUAACCCAGGCUAAGUCUGCCAUUUUGGAACGAGGAGAUAGAACAAGGUAUGGUUAGUCCUAUGGACUAUGAAUGAACUUUAAUAAAGUGUUGAAGUAUGCCUAAGUUAGAAAGUGCCUCAUGUAUUUGGUCUUUGUUGAGUCAUUAGCAGAAAGGGAAUAUCCCCAAAGCGAACUUUACUUUGAUGUUCGUGUCUUUUUGUUUUGUGUUGUUUUGGUUGUGUGAAAAAAAGGAUUAUUUGAUGAAAGUAGCCUUUGUUUGUGGGAGAUGAAAAAAAGGAAUCAUUUUAAUUGCACCUUCAGAUGUUGAUUUUGCUCUCUGAAAUGCCCAAACUCUUGUGACCAUAAGACAUUUUGAGGAAAAAAAAACUGUGUACAUUUGUUUUUGUCUUUGAAUGUUGUUAUUAUCAUACAGGAGUCACAAAUAUUUUUGAAGAGCAACAACUGCACCAGUUACUCAAAGGCUUUCUUGAUUUACAGAAUCCGCUAAAUGCAUCUUGGCUAUCGCAGACCCCGGCAUUUGUUAAUAUUGCAAUGCUUAGAUGCCUUGUUUCAGGACAGCAGCCUUAUUUAAGACAGUUUAAAAAAAAGCUGAACAGUAUUCAGGGUCCAUGUAGACCUUGUCAGAACACUAGAUAAUCAUAACACCUAAGCUAUCUUUGUCUUUGUUUUCCUGCAACUGUAACACUUGGUACCACAUAAAGUCCACUUUAUGGUCAGUGCUUGUACUGUUGCAUCUUUUUAUUGCACUAAAGGACAGUAAAUGCUUGUUUUUGAGAAUGUAGUAAUGGUAGACAUUACUCUAAUCUGAUUUCAUGUUUUGUUGAGUUGUGUUCUCAGUGCGAGUAUGCUGAAACCGUUGACCUUUAAGUGGAAAUGUGAGUACUGUAUGAACGGACACAUGCGUGUUCAGGGAGAGCGCAGUUGUCACAAGCUAUUUUUGGUGAAGCAGAUUUUGUGCCAAAACAUUCACAGACUGGCAUGUUGGUUGAUACCAUUCAUUCAUUGUGUUUGUCCAUCUGUGCCUUAUUCUUGUGUAGAUCCAUACACCGAAUUGGUAUAAGGACGUGAGAAACAGUGCAGUAUUAUGCUGUUGUGUACAAUUUCAAAACAUUUGCCAGGAUGGAAUUUUAACUAGGUGCAUGGUAAGCCAGUUCUGGUGAAUGGGGAACAAUGUGGUGUGCUCAAUUCCAAAAAAGAUCAUCACGGUGACAGGACUUGGGGAGCAGACGAGCUGGUGAAAAGUGGACAUGUCUGCUAUGAGAUGCUGAAGAUGGGUUUCUUCUUGCCCACCGAGCUUCUGCUCACACUCCAUGGACGUGUUAAGCUUUGAAACAAGCCAAUUUAAAGUAAUUUAUAUUUGUGAAAAGCCACUGUUCAGACUAAUUGUACUGUAUAUAUGUUUAUAGACCUAUAUGUAUUAAACUUUCCUACGUCAUGGA